GAGCGUUUCACACCAGAGCAUUUUGAAACCUUAGCAAUGAGUGAUUUUAUAUCUUAAGCGUUUAAUUAUGCAGCAAAUGUGAGGAUUUAGUGGAAUUCCCCAUUAAAGCAUCACUGGUUUCCAUAGCUCUAAAGCGUAUUAUGCUGUGGUUAUCUUAGUGCUGGUGUUCUGUUCAGGUGGGGUGUUCAGUUUAUUCAGGGGGGACUCUAAUGGUGAGUAUGAUCUGUUUUGCUCAACAGAAAAGUCCUCCGACUUCAGUCUUGUCUCUUAUGGCUUGUCUCUUAUAUCCCUUGGCUCUGUUUUGAAUCUAUUUGAAGUCUGUAUUUAUUUACUGCACUGUAUUGUCUGCACUGUGUGUUGCAUUGUUCUGUGUUUGUGCUCCUGGGCUGGUCCCAGAGGAAUGUUGUUUUGCUUCACUGUGAGCUUGUAUAGAUCUGGAAUAACAAGGCCUGACUUGACUUGACUCGACUUGUGCAGCAAUAAGACACAUCAGUGUUUCUGAACUGCACUGCAGGAGCAAGUCUGAUAUGUACAAACAACACAAAGACGAGGAGAACCGAUUCCUAAACCUCUGUCUCAAUACCAGCUUGGACGGAUUACUGACUGAGCCAGCGGGCUAGUGACCAGGGGCCUCAGUCCGGGGGGGCCAACAGUCCACUGAAGACCCAAAAAUUAGAUGAACAAACAGCUCUUGAAUACAUGAUGGCUACAAAAUGAAAUACCCUCCUGUCACAACAUUUAAACGACUCAUCCUACAUUCCUCUUGCAUUUUAUGUUUUCGGCUGAGGUUCACUUAUAAAGUUGUUUGAUGCGCCAAAAGAAAAAAAAGCAUGGCCUCACCACGUCUGGAGACGUUCUGCUGCCCCAACCGAGACGCCGCCACCGACUUCAUCGUGAACUUCCAGCCCGUCUUCUUCGGCGCCAUCUGCAUCGGCAGCGCCAGCGUCAGCCUCCUCUUCUCCAUCCUGCAGAUCCUGCCCAAGCGGAGGGGCUACAGACGGCUCGGCCAGUACCCGCUCCCCAAACCGGCCUCGUCGUCCAGGAUCCUCUUCAUCAUCAGCAUCUGCGACAUCUUGGGAUGUGUAGGAAUCAUCGUUAGAUCGUCCGUCUGGCUCGGCCUGCCCAGCCUUGUAGGGGACAUCUCCACAGCCAACACCAGCGAGGUCUGGCCAGAGGUCUUCUGUGUGGGCAGUGCUAUGUGGAUCCAGUUGUUCUUCAGCGCCUCCUUCUGGUGGAUGUUCUGCUAUGCAGUGGACGUCUUCUUAGUGGUCAAGCGAUCUGCGGGGAUCAGCACCAUCGUGCUGUAUCACAUGAUCACCUGGGGGCUGGCUGUGCUGCUCUGUGUGGAAGGCGUGGCUAUGCUCUACUACCCCUCCAUCUCCAGCUGUGAAAACGGCCUUCAGCACGCAAUCCCACACUAUGUCACCACCUACACGCCUUUGCUGCUGGUUCUCCUGGUUAACCCCAUCCUGUUCACUCGCACUGUAUCUGCAGUUACAUCACUCUUGAAGGGCCGGCAGGGGAUCUACACUGAGAACGAACGGCGCCUCGGAACCGAGAUCAAAAUACGCUUCUUCAAGAUCCUCCUGGUGUUCUUCAUUUGCUGGCUGCCCAACCUCAUCAAUGAGAGCCUGCUCUUUUAUCUGGAGAUGCAAACAGACAUUAAAGCCAGCGAGCUGAAGAACAUACGCAACGUAGCUCUCAUCACCUGGUUCAUCAUGGGCAUCCUGAACCCCAUGCAGGCUUUCCUCAACACGCUGGCCUUCCACGGCUGGACGGGGCUGGACGUGGAUCUGAGCCUGCAGCCGCGGCGGGAGCUGGCCUGGGACUCGGCCUCCACCUCGCUGGUGACGGCCGGAGGCUACAACACCAUGGUGGCCUCCACGUUGCUGUACCAGAGCCACGUUCAGGAGGGCAAGAAGCUGACGGGAAACGGACACCACCAGCCGUCCGAUGCCGUCAGCGUCUUGUCUGAAGGUUCAGAGUCUAGUACAAUUGAGAUCCACAUAUCGAGUGAGCUGCGAGACUGUGAGGAGGUAGACGCAGAAGGAGAGUCACUGGAGGACUCAGCGAGGCACUAAAGGGCUAAAAACCCAACGCUACCCAACCGCCAGCCUCUCCUCUCUUCAGUCCAACAGACCUUCACUAUAUAUCCAGGCUUAGUUCGGUUGCAGCAGCUUCAACAAGAAGGAUGUCAGUUUCACAGUGUUUUCAUUUGUGUUUUACUACAUGAGGUGUAUAUAAUACCACGCUGCGGAUUUAAGUGCAGUCGGGAAGCCCUUUAAACAUCUUCAGAGACAGCUCAUUGAGUAAAAUCGUUCAUGUAAAUUUGAUACGAGACGUUUCAGUUUAGGUUUUGUGACUUUCAGGGGUUUCAGGUUAAAGCUGGGCUGGAAGACGCAGGUCUAAACACGUAGAUCAUUCAGUGUUAGGAGAUAUGAGAACGUAGAGAAGAUGUUGGUAGAACUCUUCACCAAAGAGUGUCAUUUACAAAGACUGUAAAGAUAUAUGUCACUUAUUUUUUACAUUUAUAUUGUCAUUAAAGAGCACAUUUUGAA